GCGCCUUGAGCUGGUUCAAAGUGAGUUUGGCAGCGGAGCCCGGUCGUCCCGGGCUCCCUGCCAUUAGCGUUCGCCCUUUUGCGUUGCUCCUUGUGGCACGAUCCAGGGCUACAUCUUUGAAGAGCUCUACUAGCAGGCUCCUGGACCUGACCUUCGAGCUCUUCUCCGUUGAUCUUCAUUCUGCGGAAGGUCUUUGGCACUUGCUUGCAUUGGUGGAAGUGGCGUACGAGCUCUUCAAGCCCCUCCUUGCAGAGACCUACGGCAUUUGCUCCACGAGCACUGGUGGCAGUGGUGAACGAGCUCUACACGAUGAAUCCACCGACAUCGACGGGGACUUUGCCACUUCAGGAGUUCAGGUGGCAAUGUCUUUGAGGAUCCCGAUGCCUGAUGGACAGCUGGACAUUGGCCCUGACACUUUGUCCCGACUGGCUGUCGACGAGGUGGUGGACCCCAACACUGGUGCAAUCAUCCAGAACCACAUAGCCAGCGGAGUGCAGUACCUCAUGCACGCGCUCCGACAAGCUUUCGGACAACGUGACCAAGAUCUUGCAACAGCAGCGUUGGACAAGUUCUUUGGCCUCUCCAGGUCAACGGAGACUACAGCAGAUUCGACGAUGCAAAAGGAGGACUGGAAUGAGGAUGAUCUAUGGUGGUAUGGCUAUGAAGGAUAUCCAGAAGAAGAUGAUUGGUGGGACUACGACUAUGACAAUGACACCGGCAGCUACUACUGGGAUGGUGAUGCUGGCUGGCGAGAAGAGAUGAGACGCAGAUCCAAGAGGACUACUACAAAGGUGGAAGAGCCAAGGGCAAACAAAGGUGGAGAAGGAUGCUUCAACUGUGGCUCACGUUGGCACCUGGCCCGCGACUGUCCCUUGCCAUCAAAUCGACAAGAACAUGGAAAAGGAAAGACAAAAGGCUAUGCUUUUGGACGCAAAAGCAAGGGCAAGGGCUAUGGUGGCUACAGACCCUACAAAGGCUUUGGAAAGUCGAAGGGCUAUGGGAAGUACGGUGGAGGCAAGUAUGGUGGAAAGUAUGGAGGAAAAUAUGGAUCCAGUGGCAAGGGCAAGCGCUACUGGUACUCGUCUUCAUCGUCUACAAGACCCAAGAUCGACUUGUCCGAAGGCAUCCCAGACUCCACUACAUCGACCUCAUCUACGAGGCACUUCAACACAGUCACCGCCAACUACAACAACCAUGCUGAGACCUUCGUGAUGCACACCUCUUCAGAAGAGGAAGACUUCAAAUGGGCAAGAUCGACAACCAGAAAAGCUGCAGCAGAACCUUCGGAUGGUCAUGCACAACCUCUUGGAGCUGCAUCUGGCCUCAUAGGUUCUGACACCCUGAAGCAGCUGAUGGACCACUGCAUUACGCCCUUUGGCAAACAACAUGAGGUCUCCAUAAACUACAGCAAGACAACCCCUGUGAGUGGCAUCAGCGGCGAAGCCACCAGACUUUGGGAGAAAUCUCCAUCCCUCUACAAGCUGGACAGCGAGGAGAAGCACUACCGCAUCUUCCGCUUGCUCUUGACAGACUCAGGGCACUACAUCCUGCCGACCGACCACGAGCAGACAGCACGCGUGGCCAAGGAGACCAAGAAGGAAGUCAUGCUGUUCACGCAGAAGGUCGCUGAGGAGAGUGCCAGACAUUGGAAUGACAUCCAUGAUCGAGUCCGUCAUUGCUUCCUCAACUACAACAAGCCAGUCACCGUUUUGCAGCCAGGAGACAGUGCUGUUCAAGCUGGACGAGCCGAAGCAAGCAGUUUCACAGAAUACGCCAUUUUGGCUGAUCAGUCUUCUUUGACUCCGAAGGAGUCCAACGUGCACUACGACGACAUCAAAGCAGAGAUGACCAACGAAACCCCUGCCAUUUUGGCAUCAACAACUGGAGAUGACGAGCACUUCCCGAAGUACCAGGAGGACCAACUGCCUGAAGGCGUUGAUGUGCCGUUGGUGAUGUUCAUGGCUGGACUCAUUGUGGGCUUCCCAGUUGACUUCCGCUAUGGCUGGGAUUUGGCGAAUGAAAGCCAUCAAGCCAUGCUACGCAAGGCCCAAGCUGAAUUGCAACCAGGAGUGGUGCACAUCGCACCGGACUGUGCCAUGGAGAGACAUGUGCGCGACAAUGCAAGCAUUCCCGUGGCUACAACAUGGAACAGCCAUUGGGCAGCGCACUCUUCCAAGAAGAUCUACCUGAGAAUCCACUUCGACUUCAAGCUCUUCCAGGACAUCGCAAACGGAAAAUUUCAUGCUCACCUUCGUGGCACUGACUCCAGCGGAUUGACUAUGACCUCAAAGGCCGCAGCCUAUCCUCGCAGCAUGUGUCAGAAGAUGAAGCUGGAAGUGAUUGACCUCCUCCACAACAACAACAACUUGCUCCAGCUUGGCCUAUGGCCUGAACAUGUUCGGCAUUUUGCUGUUCAACACUUCUACGAAUGCAUCCGAUGUCAGCUUGGCCGCUUUUGUCCCUCAGACAUUCCACACACUAUGGUUCCCAAAGAAUGUCGACAUGGACGUUGGGCAGCUGGCACCGGUCCAGAAGGAAAAGGCAAGUCGCAAACACCUGUUGAUCCACUUGCCAAUUGGAAAGAACGAGCUGACAGAGAAAACUAUGAAUCCAUCAAGAUCCACGACCACUCUUUUCCUGUACUUGACCAGACCCAACAGCAUUACCUCAAGAGACUGCUGAUUGAAGCAGUUGACAUGACCUUGGAGUACGUCAGAGAAGCCAUCAAGAACAAGAUCGAGUACGACCACUGGAUUGAUCAUUCCACACAUCUAGCAAUCUUCAAGGAGAUCUUUGGUGGACACCUAAUGGUCCGUGGAGUACGAGUGGAACUACGUCCUUCCAAGCUUCGUGACGCACAACCUGUUCUGGCCGUGGAAUCAUCUCAUCUUCGACUACAAAUUCGAGGUGUGCCAGCUCCAUCAACUCCUAUGACAAGAGCCAGAUCGAUUCCAUCACAGCCCAGUUUCAAGAAGAAGAAGGAGGACAAGCCUCUUGCACAACCUUCAGUUCGAGCUCUACCUGAUGGAAGAGAUGACGAAGCAUUGAUGCAGCCAGCUUAUGAGUCAGCUGAACCAGAUCAACAACCAGGAGAAGAAGAAUUUGAAGUCCAACCUCAUGAGGCCGUGAAGUGCUGUGCAAUUUGCAGGAAGCACAUCAGACUUCCAAAUCGUCCUCAACUACGAGCACGAGGUGCCCAUGUGUUCAAUGAGACGGUCCAGAUGGAUUUGUUCUACUGGGAGUCCACCUGGUUCAUGCUGCUGAUCGACGAAGCAACACGUUUCAAGAAGUGUGGCACCAUCGAUGGACAGGAGCCCGAGCAUCUCAUGAAGGCCAUCCUGCAGAACUUCAACAACAAGGUCUACGACCAACUGAACUUGAGCUUGAACAAGAAGCAGCCAUGGCCCAGCCUCAGCAAUUGGAUGUUGGCGAGCUUGUGGCUGGAACCCCCGAAGUUGAAUUCUACAGGGAGGUCAAGAACGACCAAGGAUGGAGGGGACCAGCUCUUUUUACUACGCCUUGAUGCUGAUGAAGGAGUUGCCAUCAUACAGUAUCAAGGAAGGCCCUAUUAUCUGGUCUCUUUGCGACACAUCCGAGCUUUCCGCGGCAUCUACCACAUGGAGGUCCAGACCCCUCAAAUGGAUGAUGCAUUUUGGAAGCUCAUGAAGUACGUGGAGAACAUGUCCGAGUACAAGGUGUACCUCUAUGGCUGGAUCCGCAAACGGAAUGAGUCUUGGGUGCGGCUGCCAAAGAACAACGACGAGGCCAUCAACAUCAUUGCCAAAGCAGAGACAGUUUCCAAGGGCCUCACAAGUCGCACUCUACAUGGUGUUCUAUUUGGACGAGAGCACAAGACCGACAACCAUUUGCGGAUGAAACGAAUCUCCAACCACAACAAGGAGGACAUCUGUGCCCUCUACUUCUUCUACUACAUCAUGGUCAGAAAAGAAGCCAUCCAUCCAAAUGUCCAUCCAAAGAAGGAGAACAUCGAGGACAAGCCUGAAGAUCCUGAAAUAUCCAGCCCAACUCCAAUGGAAGAAGAUCCACAGAGCAGAAAACGAGAAGGCCCAGAAUCACGCACUGUGAUUCUUUCUCCUGAGAAGAAGAAGCAGAAGAUUGCCUACAUCAAGAGCGAGAUCGAGUUCAUGCGGCAUUGGUACAACGCCACAACUCCUCAACUUCGAGUACAACUUGGCUUCAGUGAAGAUUGGCGUUUGGGUCACUCUCUUUUGACCGCAGCUGCAAGGAACUUCCUCCUGCAGAAGUAUGACACUGACCGCAAGAACAACAAGACGAUGCUCUUCACCAUCGACUACAAGUGCAACAGCGAAGCCAUUGCAUGUCUCCGGACGGCCAAGAUCUACAAGGUGGACCAAGAGACAAACUCCAACGAAGUCAAGCAGUUCGUGGAGGAAAAGGCUUUUAAGCCAAUUCAUUCACUGCAGCUGACCGACGAGAUGGUGGUGAUCGACUGCAAAUGGGUACGGAAACACAAACGAUACCCAGACGGCUCCAUCAAGGUCAAGUCUCGACUUUGUGCCCGGGGAUGCUUCGAUGCGCAGAAGCAACAGCUGACGACCCGAAGCACUACUGCGACCAGAUUGUCACAACGACUGUUGGUGUCGCAAGCGGCGCGAGACGAUGGCAAGGACGUGGAGAGCUGGGACAUUGCCGGUGCUUUCUUGAAAGGAUUUGACUUCAAGCGAAUCCAGGAGUCCCUGAAGAAGCUUGGUUUGGAUGCACCGACAAGACAGGUGGUGGUGUUUCCCCCUCUCAACGUAUGGAGACAUUUGCAGAAGUAUUCAGACCUCCUCAAGGCGAUGCUAACCACUCACGUUGACGAUCUGGCCCUCACAGCAUCUCCCAAAUGGCUGAACAACCACUAUGACAAGUUCGUCCAGAAGUUCAAGAAGUUUUCCAGACAGAGCCUGCCAUUUAGCCAUUGUGGAUGCACUUAUCGUCGAACCAGAGACGGUUACGCCAUUGAUCAAGAGGACUUUGUGGCCAAGAUGAAGCCAGUCACCGCAACUCGUUUGGACCUGGUGGCCGACGUUUCUUUGUUGCAGUCAAAGGUGACUACAGCGACUGUGAAGGAGCUGAAGAUGGCCAACGAAGUGCUGGUGAAAGCAAAAGAUUGCCGAGAAGCCACCUUGCACUACAGGCGAUUUCAGACACCUCAUCAACGUUUGGUUUGCAUACAUGAUGCCAGUUCUGCAAACAAUGGUCGUCAUUACGCCCAAGAAGGCAUUUUGGUUUUGCUUGCAGAUGACCACUGGCGAGAUCAAACGAUGGAGCACGAGGUGAUCCAUGAUGAUGAAUCUGUGAAGAUGCAUGGAGGUGUCAUGCAUGUUUUGCAUGCACAUGGUGGAAGGGCAAAACGCAUUUCAUACAGCACCAGCCACGCUGAAACUUUGUCUAUGGUGAAUGGAACAGAAUCCACAACUUUGGUGAUGGUGCGACUCUCAGAGAUGAUGCACAUUUCCCUCAAGCCGACGCUGAAGGAAUUGGUGGACAUCCAAGAGAAUGGAAACCCAGCUUUGCCCUCAGACUUCUACAUGGAUCGUAGAGAUUUUUUCGAGCUUUGCACUGGGCAGAAGGUUUUACCCCAAGAUAAAGCCCAGAGGUUGUAUGUGCUGGGCAUUCGCGAAGGUCGCAUCACUGGCCGCAUACGCCAGACAACUUUGAUUCCAACCGAAUCGAUGACAGCUGAUGCAUUGACAAAACCAAUGCAAAGUCAAGAGUUGCUGCAGUUUCUCACUACGGGGAUGGACUACGACGAGCAGACCUUGAUGAUGGACGAUAAGAAGCUGCUGGACUAUGUGAAGGAGAAUCCUCAGGCUGUCAAAGCCUCACCCGCAACGGUGCUCUUCGGCCUGAUGGGCGUUUAUACAUCGAGCAGGAUGGCAUCUAUGGCCAAUGCACAGGCCACUAACCGUGAACCUGAGUCUCAGCCGAGCUCCAACUACAUCGGCAUCGUGAUGUACUACUUCUUGACCUAUGCCGUGGUGAUUGCAGCCAUCCUGACCGAGAAGUAUGUGUUCCAACAGCACUACGUGCGCAAGAUCGGGCUCUACAUCGCGCACUAUGUCUUCAAGAUGAUGGACAUGAAGCUCAAGGUGGAGAUGGACGACGCCAUCGAGGUCGACGAGAGUGUUGAGAAAGACAUCAGCGAUCUACGAAGGAAGAUCGAAGACCUGGAGGCAGAGAAGGAGAGACUUUUGGACUAUCAGAAUGUCCUGACAAACAACAACGGCAUUUACAAGGAGAACUGUGAAAAGGCCAACUACGACCUUGCCACCGCAGAGGACAAGAUCCAAGACUUGGAGGAUGAGAUGGAAAGGAAGCGCGGCACCAUCGACAAGCGCAACCAGGAGAUCACCAACGCCCUGGAGCAGAAGAACUAUAAUGCAACACGAGUUGUCCAAAUGACAACCGCCAACAAGGAGAAGGACGCCCGGAUUGCCGACCUGAAAGAACAGCCCAGAAACAUGGGCAUCAAAGUGGCUCGAAGAGAAGAAGAUUCAGGUGAUGGUGGUUCAGCACCGAGUUCACUGCGUGGAGAUGAACAUGUCGGACCACUUGGACUUCACCGAAUCGACAUGCGAGCCAUGAAGGAGCAGCUCGACCUGACGAUGGCCGAGAAUGAACUGCUGAAGAAGGAGAAUCAGGAGACGGCAGCAGCCCUGAAGGACAAGAAAGAGGUGAUCGCUCGAAUGCAGCGAGUCUAUGAGGAGCAGCAGCAGAGGAUCUGCGAUUCUCGCUACCCGAAGGAGAUCUGCGUGACGAGUGGAGGUGCGAAGUAUCACCUUUCAUUUUGUAAGCAUCUCCAACGGGCAGGCAGGGAUUUGCCCUGUGUAAAAUACAAGAGAUGCUUCGACUGUGGAUAG